CGUACACACCGGGACGAAUAUCGGCGCGCGUUAUUCGCCAGCGUUUUCCAACACGUUUUUUGUGUUCACACCCAAGCGAUUUUCGCUGACGAUGAGCCGAGUGAACAUGCAAAUUCAUUCCCUGACAUUAGAUGGCGCUUAAUGUAAAACAGAAAUACCCCUGUACACAAGGUGGCGCUGCGCAACUUUACGCUUCUUAAACUCGCUUUUCACUCAGAAGAAGAGUGCAAGUAUUUACGCGCUUGUCAGAAUCAUACAAAGAAAACAUGAAUAUUUCAAGCACCAGUAACUCUAGCUCCAGUUCCAGCGAUGAAGAAAUUAUUGUUCUGUUGAAUGAGGAAAGACGCCGGAAAAGACGCCGAUUUUGGGUACAUCCCAUAGUUACGAGAAGAGAAGAACAUGGGGAGUUUUAUCGACUGGUACAAGAGCUGAAAAUGUAUCAUGAGCGUUUUCGGGGGUAUUUUAGAAUGUCCGUCAGUGAGUUCGAAAAUUUACUUCAACAACUGGCUCCCUUGCUGACGAAAGAACAGACACACUACCGUAAACCAAUCGACCCAGAACAGCGUUUGGCCGUGUGUUUACGUUUUCUAAGCACUGGGGACUCGUACCGCUCUAUUGCGUUCAGCUUUCGACUUGGUGUGUCAACUGUGGCUUCGAUAGUGAGUGAAACCUGUGAUGCAUUGUGGCACUGCCUCAGAGAUGAACAUUUGCCAGUGCCUACUGAAGAGAUGUGGAGGAGUACAGCCAGGAGAUUCCAUGAAAGAUGGAAUUUCCCUAACUGCUUGGGAGCCAUGGAUGGGAAACACAUAUUCAUCCAGGCCCCUGCAAACUCUGGUUCUCUAUACUUUAAUUAUAAAGGUACAUUCUCCGUUGUAUUGCUGGCCUUAGUUGAUGCAGAUUACCGCUUCCUGGUGGUUGAUGUGGGGAGCUAUGGCAGCAACAGUGAUGGAGGAAUCUUUGCCAAUUCUGUACUGGGAAAGGCACUCAGAAAUGGAACUCUGAAUGUUCCCCCACCAAGUGAACUUCCAGGUGCUCCUGAGCUGGGAAAAGUUAACCAUGUCAUUGUGGCGGAUGAAGCUUUUCCGCUGAAACCAUAUCUCCUCCGGCCAUACCCUGGACGCCGCCUCCCCACAGACAAGAGAAUUUUCAAUUAUCGUUUGUCUCGGGCACGGCGCAUCUCUGAAAAUGUAUUUGGCAUCCUCAGUCAACGCUUCCGGGUUUUCCAAAGAACUUUACAGGUUCAACCAAGUGUUGUUGACAAAGUUGUCAAAGCUGCUUGUGCGUUGUGCAAUUAUUUGCGCCCGAACGGAAAUGACCAGAAUCGUGCCACAGAGGAUGACCAUGAUUGUGAGCAACCACUACAAGGCUUUGAACAUUGUAGGGGGCAGCGGGCAUCUGUGGAGGCCCAAAAUGUCCGAGAACUGUACAAAGAGUACUUCAACUCACCAGCAGGAGAAGUUGCUUGGCAGUAUGACCAUGUGAACCAUGCUCUGGGGAACAGAUAAUAUCAACCUAUAAAUUUGAGCCAUUUUAAUUACAUUUUCCAUUGAGAAAACUGCUAGUGUAUGUGUAUAUAUACAAUUUCUGUGAACUUGAAUACACUAUCAAAUCUAUUGCAUCUGAUUCUUCAUUAAUUAAUAUGGAAGCACUCACCACAGCAAAUUAAAUAUUUUUGAUAUAACAUGUUCUAUCAAAGUUAAAGCAUAGUUUUUUUUUGCAAAAAGUAAAGUAUUUGGUCACUUCAACAUAUACUUAUUUACAACUAAAUGUAAGUUGUAUUUUUGAAAAUGUGUAUUUUUAAUAAACAUUUUUACUAGCA